AUAUGGUCCUGAUGGUACAGGCAAGAGAUGCUACCUGGCGAUUAAAAGAGAGAGACAGAGAGGGAGAGAGAGAGAGAAAAAGAGAGAGAGAGAGGGGGAGAGAGUGAGUACUUGAGGAGCUGUAGCCUACUUAGCGAGAAAAAGAUACUGAAGCGAAUUCAGGCUUUCGCUCCGAGUACGCAGCUUUACAGAGUCUCACCCAUACGACGGAGAGAAAGGAGAACACGGAGGGAGAGAGAAAAAACAAAAAAAACAAACACAAGGAGUCUUGGCUGAUGCAUCUCUGUGAGAGCAUCCAUUUCACGGCGAUAUAACAGUUUGAAGCGGAGGAGACGGUGCACAUUUCUCCGUGAAACGCUGCGCUUUUCUCUCCUCCGGAGUCAGUUUCCUAGAGCGGCUUGCUGGUGCGCAAAGACACUUUUCUCCUGUCGACACGGACAGUGUUUCAUAACAAUCCUGUUUACUUGGACUUAAACCAGGUCGUCCGCCGACAUCCAGUGCGACAUCCUGCAUCUUAUUUGUGGACUGGAAUUUUGCGUUCCCGCAGCUUAAAGACGCAGAAAAGGGGAAUAUCAAGUUUUCCUGGAAGUUGCGCAGUGACAGAGGAAGAAAAAAAAGAAACAUGGGAAUUAGUGGUUAUCUAGCGGUGCCUGGGAAAUGCCUUGUCGUCCUCGGACUUAAAUUGUUAUUCCUUGUACCUGCAGGAGUUCCAGCCAGGAGCGGGGAUUCUGUAUUAAAGGACAACAUCACCGUGAGACAGGGGGACAGCGCCGUGUUGAAAUGCAAUGUUGACAGCAAAGUGUCUCGAGUGGCAUGGCUCAAUCGCACCACCAUCCUAUUCGCUGGAAAUGAGAAGUGGUCUCUGGACCCUCGCGUCGUCCUGAUGGAAAACACAGCGGUCACGGAAUACAGCAUCAAGAUCCAAAACGUGGACGUCCACGACGAAGGGCCGUACGUCUGCUCCAUCCUCACAAACAAGAAACCAAAAUCCACAAAAGUGCACCUCAUCGUUCAAGUACCCGCCAGGAUCACUAACAUAUCCAGAGACGUCACAGUGAACGAGGGGAGCAGCGCCAGUCUCAUGUGCCUGGCAGUCGGCCGACCCGAGGCCAACAUCAUAUGGAAGCAUCAUUCACCAAGAGGCACUCAUAAAUUUGUGACGGAAGGGGAAUAUCUGGAACUGAGAGGCAUCACCAAAGAGCAAUCGGGAUCGUAUGAAUGCAUUGCUUCCAAUGACAUCUCAAACCCUGAUGUCAGGACAGUUCAAAUCACCGUCAAUUACCCUCCAUUCAUCUCUAAAGCGAGGGGCACAGGAACGUCAGUUGGACAGAGAGGAGUCCUGCAGUGUGAAGCCUCCGCUGUGCCCAGGGCAGAUUUUGAGUGGUACAAAGAAGACCGCAGGCUCUUCAACGGACUCAAUGGGGUGAAGAUAGAGAAUCAAGGUAAACAGUCCAUGCUCGUCUUUUUCAACGUCUCAGAAGAGGACUAUGGAAACUACACUUGUGUUGCCAUGAACACGAUGGGAAUCACCAAUGCCAGCAUAAUCCUGUAUGGUCCCGGCGCGAUGCAUGACGUGAACGGGGCCGCCGUGUUGCACCGUUGCUCUGUAUGUCUCGCGCUGACUGUAACCUCACUCUACCUGCUGAAGUUCUGAUAUGACAUGUAACAACAACCUUCAAGAGCCUCUCAGUGUUGAACAACAAGAACAGACUAUUAGUCCCAUAAGAAGAAUGGAAACCCAAAUGCGCCAGUGGUUCACCCUAAGGUUCCCUUUUUUUUUUCUUCAUGGUUUUGCAUCAGAGUCUGCUCUCUGUUGGUUCCCCAAGAGUGCUUGGUGUUAAUUGGAGGAUGGGGAAAUUUGAUUUAUGCACUAAUUGGAUGAUGGUAGGACUACUGAGUUUGCUUAUCCCCAUUUUUUUUGUAUGUGGAAAGGGAAAAAAAGAAGAAAAAAAAACAUGUAACUGUUGAUAGUUGACUGUUUAUUGCCCAAUAUUGAAGUGUACAUUCAGAUUAUUAUUGUGUCAUGUCCUGUUCAAUAUCUGUACAAUACCAUUAAGCUUUUUUAAGUAAAUGACAAAAAAAAGGGAAAAAAUGCAAUGUGAUUGUUGAAUUUUACUGUAUUUUUACAGUUGUAUGCAAAACCGAGUAACAGAGCCUUCAUAAUAAACAAAUCAGAAUAGUAGAUAGUACCCCAUGAUUUCUCAGGCAAAGUCCUACAGCAUAGUGCAUCCAAAUUUUUAUUUCCAUGGUAGUGUGUGUAGAAAAUGAACAAAUGUGUACAGAAAACUCUGCACUGUUUUUCUCAAAUUGCAUACUCUUAUCAAAUGGCAUUUUUAAACACCGAUUCACAGUGUCAUAGCAGCUUCACGGCGUUCUAAAUACUGAAAAAAAAAAAAUUAUUUUCAGGAAUCAAUGCGAUGUCAGUUGGGAAAAGAUGUAGGUCAGUGUGCACUUUUGUAAAACGGCAAAAUGAACUGAUUGAUUUAAUAUUCCUGUUAACAUAUAUCUAUACCUCUAGUACGUCAUCUCAUCUUUAAAAUGGCAGUAAACAGAGUUUUCAAAAAAAAUAUUUAUUUGUUUGUCAGUUUUGAUUUGAUAAAGGAGAAGUGUUAAGCAUCAAAUAGGGAUCUGACUGAUAUGACUGCUAGCAGGGACAUUGUAGCGGUUAGCCAGGAGGCUUUAGACCCGCCUCAGCCCCAUCUCUUGGCCUUUCAUAAGGUUGACUGAAUGUUAGGUUGAGACAGCAUUUUCAAUUUGGCUACCGCCAUAAAUGGACAGGUGGCUUCAGAUUGAAUGGGCAGUAACACUACAGAUUAUAUUAGUGAACCGCAGUUAUCUUAUCUAAGCAGCUUUAUUUUCAGAAAGCUUUGCAACCUUCAGUGAAAAGAGUCAAACAAUGGAAGAAAGUAUAGGCAUACCUUCUGUGUCCAUCAAUGACAUGAAUGCAACAUUGAAAGGAGUCUUAUGUGUUGGGCAGCAGUGCUGUAAAGAGAUGACUGAAGAGAUGUCUUUGUUUUCUCAGCCAUGUGUCACCUCCACUCAGAUGAAUUUGAAUACCUGAAGAAGGUUGACAUCUGUCUUUGAUAAGACAUGGGAGGUUGUUGAUGCAAAAUGAUCCACUUCAUUUAUAGAAGUUAAUGCUUUAACACAUUGGAUCUAUCAAAAAACCUAACCCCAAGCAGCGCAAAGUACAACACAAGUGUCUUGCUAAUUUCCAAAGGACACAGUUGCCAUCUUCAAGCCUAUUGCCCAGGUUGUGUUACUAAAUUCCCUUGCACCCUUGUAUUUAUCCAUUGCCUCAUUGGUUGUAAAAUGAGUUGCCAUUAAGUCUAUGGCACAUUAGUUUCCUUCUCUUGGCUUUGGAUAUCACAGAACCAGGAAGCGCUCUUUGCUACUUCCUCCCAUGACUGCUGCACCCAGGGAGAUUCUUGCUCUUGUUCUGCAGGGCUGGAACUAAAGCCUGUGUCUGACACCUAUCUGCCCUUCAUGCCAUGUCUACCCUUUUGUACUUAAACUAUAAAACAUUGCACUGUAUUUUUUAGGGCGCACUCACACUAGUUAAGUUGUCCUGUGCUGUGCUUAAGCACUAUUGUCCUCCUUUCCCAUUCCCCCGCUGGCUUGCACUCACACUGCUCCAGGACUACCCGGGCCUCAGCACGGUUACCUCUUGUACAUAAGGUCGUAAUACAACACAUAAAUGGCUUUACCUAAUUAUGAAGCGUGCUUACUUUACAAGACAGGCGGACUCAAGAAGA